AUGGCAUCAUUACUUAGAUGCUUUUCUCUUUUAGCUCUUUUUGCACUCUCAUUUAAACUUUGUUAUUGCCAGAAUGAAACUAUAAAUGCUGCUGGCUGGGCCGACGCUGGUGUUACAUGGUACGGUGAACCUGAGGGAGCCGGUAGCACCGGAGGAGCUUGCGGAUAUGGUGCGGCAGUGGCCAGUCCACCGCUUUACGCUAUGGUUUCAGCCGGAGGCCCUUCACUAUUUAACAAUGGAAAAGGAUGUGGAACGUGCUAUCAGAUUGUGUGCACCGGGAAUCCAGCAUGUUCAGGGAGACCAAUAACGGUGACGAUAACGGACGAGUGCCCCGGGGGUCCUUGCGCCUCUGAGCCAGUUCAUUUUGACCUUAGUGGCAAAGCCAUAGGUGCCUUAGCCAAACCUGGUCAAGCCGGUAAUCUUCGAGCCGCCGGUGGUAUACGUGCUAGUUACAGACGUGCUACGUGUUCAUAUAAAGGGACUAAAAUAGCUUUCCGUGUUGAUGCCGGUUCUACCCCGUACUACAUGGCAUUCGUUGUGGAAUUCGAAAACGGUGAAGGAGAUUUGGCCUCCGUUGAGAUUCAACCGGCCGGCGGAGGAUUUAUGGCCAUGCAAGAAAUGAGGUCUGCUGAGUGGAAGCUGAACUCCAGCGGUGGAAUUAAAGGUCCGUUCAACGUUAGACUUACAUCUGGCAAGUCUCGUAAAGUAGUGGUAGCUCAGGGAGUUAUUCCGGCGAAUUGGAAGCCUGAUCAGACCUACCGGUCAAUUGUUAACUUUUAGGGUUUACUUUUUUUGGUCAAAUUGUGUAGUUCGAAAGCUUAUAUGAAAUAUAAC